AUAUACAGUGUUCCUAAAUAAUGUACCAACAGAAAAUCAGGUGAAAAUUCUUUCAAGGUCACGCAUCUCUUUAAAUUAUAAGUUGUUAUGAGCAACGCGUCGCUCGUCUUUUUCGGGGCACAAUGAAACUUCAAAACGGAAAAAUAACAAAUGAAAAACAGGAGGAAAAUCAUGAGGAAAAAACAGCAAUAAGGCAAACGAAUGGGGUAAACAUUAAAAAACCGCAAAAUUUGCCAUCGAAAUGGGAUAAAUACAACAGUUUGUCCAUCCUUAUAGGAAUAGUCUCAUUUUUAACAGUUUUAUUUAUUGCUGGAGAAGAAUGUAUGCAAUGCUUUAACAAGUUGGAUCAAGAAAAACCUGAGAAAGUAUAUGUGGACCCCAAAAUGGGCUUCAAAAAAUUUUGGGCAUAUGGUAAAAACAUUGAUAGUGGGUAUUUGACUGAAGUUUUCACUGUUUUGGAUAGAUUGGGUUAUAAGAAUUCACCCAAUACAUCUGACUGGGAUUUGCUGUGGUCUCAUGAUUACCCAUUUAGGAGAUUGUAUCAGGAAUUGAAGGAUUUAAAGCCACAUCAAAAAGUAAAUCAUUUUCCUGGAUGUGGAUAUAUAACCAACAAAGUGGAUUUGGCUACAAGUGGAUUAAAAUAUAUACCACCUGCUUUUAAGUUGCCAAAUGAUAAAGACAAAUUGUUGAAAUAUUCCCAAGAAAAUCCUCGCGCAAAAUUUUUGCAAAAGGAUAAUGAUCACAGGAAUAUUAAGAUAGAGGAUAUCAACAAUAUUGAUUUAAAUACUGAAGGAACUUUUAUACAGGAAUUUGUAGACAAACCUUUGCUAGUAAAUGGACAUAAGUUUGAUAUUGGUAUUUAUACCAUUAUUACAUCUAUUGAUCCCCUCAGAAUUUAUAUUUAUAAUGGAGAAGCUUUAUUAAGAUUUUGUCCUGAAAAGUACUACCCAUUUGAUGCAAAAAAUCUCAAUAAGUAUGUUGUGGGAGAUGAUUACUUACCCACCUGGGAGUUGCCAGAUUUGGAUUAUUACUUUAAUCAAUUGGGAUUUGGUAUGAAGGAAAGUUUAAAUGCCUAUUUAAGAUCAAGAGGAAAAAAUCCUUCUGUAAUUUGGGAACAAAUUGAAGAUGCUAUAAGGACGAUCAUUUUGGAUAAAGAAAAACAUAUAGCAGAUAUUCUACAAAGGUUUAAAUCGAAACACAACUUUUUUGAAAUGAUGCGUUUUGACUUUGUAAUUGAUGAGGAUCUUAAAAUUUAUCUUUUGGAGGCAAAUAUGAGUCCAAAUUUAUCUUCUGCACAUUUUCCACAAAAUAAACUAUUGUACCAACAAGUCCUUUAUAAUGUUUUAGGAUUAGUUGGUGUUGGUGAAAAUUUAUACAGAAAUUCUUUAGUUAUGAGGUCUCCUCUUGAGGAAGAAAUGAUUGUAUCAUAUAAAAGUAUAGCAACAUUUCCAAAAGAGUGCCACAGCAAUUUAUGCCGUAAUGGUUGUUCAUCACCACAAUGUCAAUUAUGUAAAAAUUGCUUAUCGCCAAUGACUAAAAAAGAUUUAGCACUUGCUUAUAAAGAACAUGUGCACAGAGGAAAUUGUAAAAGAAUUUUUCCACCCCCAAUGACACAAGAAGAAGCUAAAAAAAUCACCAAUUUAGAAGAAUAUUCUCCAGAAAAUCAAUUACACUACAAAUGGUUUAUUGGUAAAUGUCUAUUAGACAAAUCUUGGUGUUAAUAUACCUAUUAAAUAAUUGUUAUGUUUGUAUUUAUUUUAUUUAUGUAUUUAUUUCUUCUUUAAUAAAGUUAUAUUAUUUUUCAAAAUUUAAUUUGUACAAACCAGGAAAUAUUCCAAUGGAAUAUAAACUACAAUAGGUACAUUUUCGGUUUGGAAAGAAAUUCAAAAAUAA